AUGGGAAAUGCCCCGUCUCGGAUGGAAUACGACGAGCCAAUAAAGAGCAGCUCUGUUCCUGCCAAACGUUUGAAGAAGAAGCAUGGCACUUCUCACACUGUGAUUCCUUCGCGGAAGCAAGAAGAUUUGCCUCGUACACAAACGGCCGCAAACCCGCCCGUGGUACAAGAAUCUCUCUGGAACAGUUACAAAGAACUCCACAGCAUCCAAUUUGGCAACGGCGCGUACUUUCCCGUAGCGCAGCGGACAAAGCUCCAACCAGACAAGCAUUCCCUCUGCAUCGUGAAAAGGUUCGCUGGCGCCAACGUCGACGGACACAUACACGCCAUUCGACAGGUUGAUCAUCAGCAUUUUGUGCAGGCUCAAAAUUUUUUCUCUGUACAAACCGAGUUGUUUGUUACGUUUGAGUUCAUGCCAGUGUCUCUUGCAGAGGUUGAAGGAAAUCCUCUCCUAGACGAUCUCCAGCUGGCAUCUAUACUAGGACAGGUCGCGGAUGGUUUGUUGUACCUGAAUAAUAAUUCUCUGGGUCAUGGCCAGCUCACAUGCUCCAACAUUCUGGUCGAUAUGCACGGAAAUGUAAAGCUUUGGGGUCAAGAAUUCCUUCACGAUCACCUCAACUUGAGAGAAACUAUGCAUAGUAUCGCUGUAACUACAACGAGACUUAUACAAGGGUAUGCUAAGGAAGAUGGGCGGAUUGGGCUAGACAUGCCAGACCGGUGUCCGCUUGGCUUUGACUUUCUCUCUGCCAUUGAUCAGAUGACGAGCAUCGAGGAUCUGACUAAAGGAAUGGCUACCAGAGGACUGGCAACCGCUACCAUUACCAUGCUGGCCCGCCGCGCCGACGGUCAAUGCGCCAAACAGAAAGCAAAUGCCAAAAACAGACAACAACAACAACUCGCAGAACGGUGCGCCAAGCCACGAGCCACGCCAACUCCUCAAGAGCGAGCUUAA